GUCCACCUCUCCUGUCACGAGGGUACCGUACUGUCUGACGGAUGCAGUGAUGCAAAUGCCUGAGAAGCGACUUCCGGUACCGUACCGUACCGCACGGAAGCCAUCACUGCAGAUCCGUCUCUAGUUGACGUCCGCCUCGAGAAGCGACUUCCGCGCCACAGCAGUUGACCCGCCCCUCGCAUCACGCGUUUCAGCCCCUCGCCCCUCUCCCUUCACACGGACAUUCCCCGUGGCACUACCGCCGCUUCAGCAGGGAAAUUCGUCUCAGUUACACCAUCGACGCUGAGCCUUUCCCCGUCCCUCCUCGUACCGUAGAUCCUCGUCCGUCGCCCUUUCCCUCCCCGUCGCCUUUCCUUUUUCGCGCCCUUUCGUUCGUCCCGACCGUCGCGCCACCGUUUGCCUGCAGCCCCGUUCGCACCUCUCGCGUUGUCGUCUCGCCCCGCGCCCCUCACUUGGGGGGCGUUCCGCCAUUUUUCGUUCCGCCAUUUUCCGUUCCGCCAUUUUCCGUUCCGCCCCCUGAUUUCCGGCAGCAGAGGUGGGGGAUUAUUCGUGAGGUUGCUGCGGGGAUGAAGCCAGUGCCGUAUGUAGGCAUGCCGCAGCAGCAGCAGCGGCAGCAAGAACAGCAGCAACAGCAACAGCAUCAUCAUCAUCAGCAGCAGCAGCAGCAGCAGCAGCAGCAGCAGCAGCUCCAACAACAGCGGCAGCAUGAGCAGCAGCAGCAACAACACCAUCAACAGCAGCGGCAGCGAGAACAGCGGCAGCGAGAUCAGCAGCAGCAGCAGCAGUAUCAGUAUCAGUAUCAGCAGCAGCAACAGCAGUAUCAGCAGCAACAGCAGCACCAGCAGCAGCAGCAACACCAACAGCAGUAUCAUCAGCAGCAGCAGCAGCAGCAGCAGCAGCAGCAGCAGCAGCAGCAACAACAACAGCAGUAUCAACAACUGUAUCAGCAGCAACAGCAACAACAACAGCAGUAUCAGCAGCAGCAGCCACCAUCGCAGAAUCCUCUGGUGCAGGGCGAAGCAGCACAGUCACAGAAGAUCAGUAGGGCGCUCAGAGCUGCUCCUGCCACAUCAAUGAAGAAAAAAGCCCCCCUAGGAGCCUCAUCCUCGUUAAAGGGCAUGGCGCUAGCCGUAAGGCAACUCGCCACAGUGUACGAGCAAGUGGAGCGUGCCAAACUGGAGCGGAUGUUGGAGACUGAGAGAAUGAGGAUGGAACUAAGCAAAGACAUGGAAGCGCAGAUGAUGCAGAUGCAAGUAGACAUGGCACGAGCAAGCGGUGCUUUCAGGCACAGUCUUGGUGCUGCUGGUGGUGCUGCUGCUGGUGCUACAGGACUGGCGAGUGGUAACCGUUGGGAUGGCCCUGUUGGAGGUGCCACUCCGUGUAAUCUUGGUGAAACACAAGGGCUAGAGGGUGGCAGCAGCAUGGAUGGUACCAUAGGUGGUGCAGCUGGUUCUGCUGGCAUGGCUGCCGGUGGGGGACGGGGGCUGGCUGGGUCAGAGACAGAUGCGGGCAAGUUGAAUGUUUCAAAGGCUGGGGACAUGUUGAAUCCAUUAGCUAAUGUUGGGAGCGGACGGACAUCAACAACACCAGUGACACCCGCUCCAACCUUCGGUCCGUUCCGCACUCUCCCACGUCUCCGCCUCUCUCAGUCCAUGAAUGUUCGCUUGGAGCUUCUCAUGGACACAUCAGAUAGCUACUACUUAUUGUCCCCUUCACUUAUGUAAGCUCAUCCGUUUGGUAAUGAGAUGU